AUGACUGAAGUACAUUAUGGAAUUUGUGGACCACACAUGAGUGGGUAUGUUUUGGCAAAGAAAAUACUCCGAGCAGAUAAUUAUUGGCUCACCACGGAGCGAGAUUCCAUCAGUUUCGUUCGUAAAUGUCAUGAAUGUCAAGUACACAGGGACUUGAUACAUUCCCCUCCAUUUGAGUUGCAUACAAUGACUGCUCCAUGGCUUUUUGUCGCUUGGGGAAUGGACGUAAUUCGACUAACUGAAUCGAAGGCCUCGAAUGGACAUAGGUUCAUCUUGGUAUCCAAUGAUUAUUUUACGAAGUGGGUGGAAGUAGUGACUUUCAAGUCAGUGACCAAGAAAGCGAUUAUGCAUCGAAAUUCAACUUUUUAUCGCCCAAAGGCAAACGGGGCUGUAGAAGCUGCCAACAAGAACUUAAAUAAAAUACUCCGCAAGAUGGUGCAGGGUUCCCGACACUGGCAUGAAAAGUUAUCUUUUGCUUUGUUGGGUUAUCGUACUACAGUUCGGACUUCAAUUGGUGCAACUCCUUACUUCUUAGUGUACAAAACUGAAGCAGUUAUACCUGCAGAGAUUGAGAUUUCAUCUCUUCGAGUAGUUGUGGAAGCUGAAAUCGAUGAUGACCAAUGGGUCAAGACUCGUUUAUAG